AUGCGGAGGCUGUCGCUAGACAAAGCCGUCGACAAGCUGGAUGAAUAUGGCCUGUUCAGCGGUUAGGAAGGACAAUCUCAAUCGGAACAGCUAGAGAGUAGACCCCGAAUCUGUCUUGCAUCAGUGGCAAAUAAAAGAAGAAAGUCUACUCUAGGUGGCAGCAGCAGCAGCAGCAGCAAGUCGCUGUGCUGGCAAGCCUGCUAUGAAUCUAGAUGCGGUUUUUUAUGACUCCGGAAAUUUGUCAUGCUGAGUAAGGAGACAGGUGGCGUCUACGGUAGGCAACCACUGCAGCUCAUUCCCUCUCGUCUGCGCCAAAAACUUGUUCCGGUCGAUAUUCCUUCAUCUUCUGAGAAGGUCAUAUGGAAGGCGAUGAAAAACGACAGCGCCGCGCAAUCGUCGUGCUGAUCGACCUUGACGUGGAGAAUAUGCAUUGCAAAUGUGUCAACAUGGUCUGGAAGUGUCCGAGUUUGUGAUGCUAGGACUGGUCGAUACAAAAAUCUGUAUUGCAUGGCCGGGGGAAAACGUGCCUACCUGCAUCCCGAACCUUAAUGCAAGCUUCCGGAUCCAGACAUAUUUCUAAUCCAUAUCGCACCUGCGCUUUCAACUAUGGCAACGAAAAUUUGAUGAGUCAAGAUCAAGCAGAAGUGUUCACAAAACAAGGAGCUGCUGUCUGACGAUUUCGUUUUGUAGUUUCUUGCAUGUUGCUUUGCAACGAGAAUGCGUUCGCAAAGUUACAGCAUGUCUUGCCGACGUGCACUUGGAGGCGUGACUGCAGCGACUCAAAGAGAUUUUCACUUGGAUGACUAUUAUCCACUGCAAUUAAGAAAAAUAGUAGAUUCUCUAGAUCUGGGUCUGGGAAAAUGGAAGUUGUGAUGCUGGCCUUGCAUAGCUGCCAAAUCUUUGUUGCAUGAUGAACACCAGUUGUGCAGCUUCAUCUGGGAUGUGAAAACUCACUCGGUAGUGCGCGCUGCGCAUGAGCAAGCGUUCAUGCUGAAAAGUUGUCCUGGUUGGCUGCACUGACCAGGCUUUCACGCAUCGACGACUGAAUAUAUCCUCAGAAUUCCAGACCGGGAUUACUAGGAUUAGCAUACUAAUUAUUGAUUUGCAUUUCAUAGCUUUGCUCUUACUGCGGGGCAAGCCUCCUGUCGCGAUUUAUUUCGGGUUUUUUUCGAGGCAAGACUGAGCGGCUGAGAGCCCAGUUUCGCGAUGCGUUGACGUACGUGUGGGGAAGGAGAGCUAUGAACAAGCAAACUUCUCAGGGUCGGCGGCAAGAUCAGCUGUCUUCAGCGCUUAAUUUGAUCCAGCUUUUGUACCAUAUGCAUAUACGACUUGCGUUUGCAUUCGGCUGACCGGUGUUCAUCCUUACCGCCCCCUUCCGGCUUGGCGUUAUUCCGUUACUCCGCUUUACAACCAUAAAAAGCAGAGGAGGUGGUGGUAGAGGUAGAGCACAGGCAAUGAUAAACUGAUGCAAGGAUUAUAGUUAUAAUUGAAGUACUUAUGAAUAUGAAGACAUCAAAAUACCACAUAGGUGUUCAUAUUUUUACUGCGCAAUGAUCUUCCGAAUGUUUAUUCACACUGCAUACGUGUUCUCCACAUGGACCACAAGGCCGAGAAUGUCUGCGUGCGUGAGGAAGUAUCAGCUGGAAACCUGUUUGGGCCUGUAAUGCUGGUAAUGGAGAGCUUAUCGGGCUUGUCUUGCUUCCAAACUGGUCCUGAAAAUGCGUUUUUUUUUCCAGACCAAAAUAACGUAGUAUGUAUGUAAAACGCGUGUUGAUAGCUAGGUAGCUGCACCACGAGAACGCACGAUAUAAACUUCUCAUGCUUGGUGAGGGGAGUUUUUUAUUUUUUCGUUUCACUCAUCCAGCUCAACUUCCAGACCAACCAGGGAAAGUUUACAUUUGAUACGGGGCCGACGGGUACCAAUUGCGGUUGAUCGAGUAUGGGGCUCUCAAGCGUUCUUGCGCUCUGAAAUCUCAACUAUUGCGAUGCAUAGGUGACGCAAGAUUAACAAAACUGAAGGGGGGAAGAUUCCGGGUUUUGCAGUACAAACUUAGUUCCGUGUUGUUAAGCGCACCAAAAACUUGUCAUGCGAAGUAGGGUGAUGAUCGCGUGGAGGGGGCUAGUAAAUUUGCAUCACAUCUUCAUGCAACUACAGCUGGGAGUGUAAAGAUUUGAGAAAAGCAUAUCAACUUUGGAUCGGCGAUCUUCGUGGCGGACGAAACUACGGUGGAUUUGCAUGAGCUCGCAUACACCAAACCCUUCGUGGGGGAGGCGCUCAACAAACACGAACGGGAACAGCCGGACAUGGCCGUACCAGCGGCAACCUUGCGCGAGCAUGAGAAAUUCACCGCCAUGGCACUGGACCGCCUGCUGGCAGCGCCGAAUGGGGGUGACCUGCUGCUGGAGAUCGUGGAGCAAAAGGAUGCGUGGAUCAAAGACGAAGAGCGCGAAACCGGAAGUGGACGCCGCCGACUGCUUGCGGUACUCGAUCCAACCGGGCAAGAACUGGCACGGCACGAGUUUCACGAGUUGCAGGAAACACAGCUACAAAAAGCGCGGAGCGAGGACCUAGAUCCCCUUUAGGUCCCCUUCCGUAUCGAUUGCAAAUGGAAGUGCGUCUGGAUUUUUACAUUGUUACUGUCAAACACGAACGCCCCGCCGUGUUGUGCCACAGCUACUGAAAGAAAGUUCGUCAGCAUCAAUUUAAUCAGCGCCGGUCUCAAAAGUAUUUAUAUGGAAUCGAGAGCCUGGCCCUUCUUAUUUUUC